AUGCCAGCCACAAAAGAACACAUCAACGAAGUCCUCGACUCCAUCGCCCGCCGCAACAGAGGCCCAGGAGGCGCAAUAGCCGUCCUAAAAGACGGCGAACUCCUCGCCCAACGCGUCUGGGGUUUCGCAGACCUAUCCCAACGCAUCCCACUAAGCCCACGAACCCAACUCCCCAUCUGCUCCAUAACCAAGCAAUUCAUCUGCGCCCUGAUCCUCGAUCUAGAGCGUACCCCACUACCAGGACCUUCCAUCCGCUCUCAGCUCUCAGCCCAGUUAUCCGAGAUACUCCCCGAGCUCUCGGAUGAAAUAACCAUCGACCACCUCUGCCAUAUGCAAUCCGGUCUACGUGAUUAUUGGGCUAUGACUACGCUACUGGGCGCGAAGCCGGAUGACGAAUUCCUGAUUGAACGGGAUGGUCCUGGUAUGACUGUACGGGCGAAAUCGGUGCAUUUCAAACCUGGGUCUGAGUUCUCGUACUGUAAUUUGAACUUUUAUAUUCUUGGCCGGGCACUGGAGCGUGUUACGGGUAAGUCGCUUGAUGAGUUGUUGCAGGAGCGGAUACUCCGCCCGGCUGGUAUGGAGACUGCGUUCUUGUGUCCGAAUACGGCAGAACAUCCUGCGCCGUGUGUGGGGUAUGAAGGGGAUGAGAGGGGUGGAUUCAUGCCGGCUGUGAAUCGGAUGGAAUGGGCUGGUGAUGCGGGGUUGGUGGCUUCGUUGGCGGAUAUGAUUGCGUACGAAAAGUAUUUGGAUCGGUGCUAUGCGGAUUCAGAGAGCUGGUACCGGGAGGCGAUUGAGGGGCCGGUGUUUGGGGAUGGUACGCCUGCGCCGUACAGGUUUGGGUUGAGUCAUGGGCAUAUUGGAGGUGUGAAGACUGUUGGGCAUGGUGGUGCUUUGCGAGGGUAUCGGUUGGAGAGGAGACAUGUGCCGACGGAACGGUUGUCUGUUGUCGUUCUUUUGAAUAGUGAUGCCGAUUCCUCAGAACCCGGUGCUGAGAUCAUCAGAGAGGUUUUGGAUAUUCCCAAGCCGGCGCUGAGUGUUGUCAAGCCUGUUGACGAUUGGUUUGGUGCUUUCAUGGAUCAAGAUACACAGUUGGCGAUUGUUGUCUCGAAGGGUGCGCGCGAGGGUGAGGUUGCCAUAAGUUAUGCUGGCGAAGUUGAGAAUAUCACCUUGUCGGAGCCAAAUCAUGGGAAGAACGACGCCAUGGUUGCAACAAUUGAUGGCGACUCGUUGGAUAUUCAUCGCGUGGAAGACAAUCGGAGACUCCGCGCGCACCGCAUCGUCCCUGAUGAAUCCAUCCUGAAGAAGAUUCCGUUCCAGGGGGUCUACCAUUGCGCCGAGAUUGAGUCUACUUUCCAUUGUAUCGGCGAGGCGGGAACCUUCUACGGUGCCUUUGACGGGUAUCUGGGCCAGGGGCAUGCGACGCCCAUGAAAUACCUCGGGGGAGAUGUGUGGGUGUUGACAUGUCCGCGUGGGCUGGAUGCCCCAGCCCCAGGCGACUGGACUGUGAACUUCCACAGAGACGAGAACAAUGCUGUGAAUGGGCUCACGAUUGGCUGCUGGUUGGCCAGAGGCAUAGAGUAUAUUAAGAAGAUUUGA